AUGUUCCCUGAACUCAAUAACCUUCUCAACACCACUCCUGACAGGGCGGAGCAGGGGAAACUGACUCUACUCUGUGAUGCCAACACAGAUGGCAGCUUCCUUGUGCACCACUUUCUCUCCUUCUACCUCAAAGCUAAUUGUAAAGUCUGCUUUGUGGCACUGAUCCAGUCCUUCAGUCACUACAAUAUCGUGGGACAGAAGUUGGGUGUCAGCCUGACUGUGGCACGGGAGUGCGGGCAGCUUGUGUUCCUAGAAGGUCUUAAGUCUUCGGUGGAUGUUUUCUUCCGGGCUCAGGCUGAGCCACACCCCUUGCAGUUCCUCAGGGAGGCCAAUGCUGAGAACCUGCAGCCACUGUACGAGUUUGUGCGGGAGGCUCUGAAGCCCGUGGAUGAUGGAGAGGCUGCGUGGAGGUGCCCAGUGCUGCUGGUGGACGACCUCAGUGUGCUGCUGAGCCUGGGCAUGGGUGCGGUGGCUGUAUUGGACUUCAUCCACUACUGCAGGGCCACCGUGUGCUGGGAACGAAAGGGAAACAUAGUAGCCCUGGUGCACGACAGUGGAGACACCGAGGACGAGGAGAACAACAUCCUUUUGAACGGCCUUAGCCACCAGAGCCACCUGAUCCUGCGGGCUGAGGGGCUGGCCACUGGCUUCUGCAGGGACGUGCAUGGGCAGCUGAGGAUCCUCUGGAGGACGCCAUCACAGCCCACAACCCAGCGGGACCGGAGCCUCACUUACCAGUACAAGAUACAGGACAAGAGCGUGUCCUUUUUUGCCAAAGGAAUGUCUCCUGCUGUUCUGUGA